AUGGCGAGCGCACAAGAACUCAAGGCGCAAGGCGCUGUGGAGGCUGCCCAGGAAGGUGCUGUCAGUCCCGAGCAGGCAGGGAAGGCUAUCAUGAACCAAGCUCGCGAGGGUGGAGCUGCUGCUUUCGAGUUCGAUGCUGAUAUGAGCCCGGAGGAGAAGGCAGCAGCAGCAAGAGAGCGUGCUGGACCACGAUUGCAUAGAAAGCACAAGACCGCAGCCUUAGCCACCGAUGCCGACGACGGCGAAGACGCCGGCUACGAUCUCCCCCCUCCCACGACCGCAGGUGCCAUAACCGAGCCCUUACCAGAGGACGAGGGCGACGGACAGCUCGCUAAGGACGCAGAUGUCUACUCGAAGACGGGAUGGGCGCCUCGAUUCGGCAAUCCUGCAGACAAGGAGCCAGAUGAGGGGACAAUGCUGGACCACGAAGACUUCCUCGCUGCUAGACUCGACGACAAGUUCUUUGGCGACUGGUAUCACAAUGCGGCAGUCAUCGUGUUUGCGUGCCUUUCGUCGUGGGUGAUAGCCCUGCUGGGCGGAGGUUUAGCCUGGGUGUUCAUUGUUAUGGCAGCUUGUGGCACAUAUUACCGCACAUCGCUACGAAGAGUGCGACGGAACUUCCGCACAGACAUCAAGAGGCAAGUCGAGAAGGAACAGCUGGAUGUCAACGCGGAAUCGCUGGGCUGGAUCAACAACUUUAUGGACAAGUUCUGGCCGAUCUAUGCGCCAGUGCUUUGUGCCUCGAUCAUCAGCUCGGUUGACCAAGUCCUGAGCACUUCCACUCCAGCUUUCUUGGACAGCAUGAGGAUGAAGACGUUCACACUUGGUACCAAGCCACCGCGGAUGGAGCACGUAAAGACAUACCCACGAGAGGAGGACGAGGUUGUUCUCAUGGACUGGAAGUUCAGCUUCACACCGAACGAUACCGUGGAUCUCACAGAACGCCAGAAGAAGAACAAGAUCAAUCCGAAGGUCGUUCUGGAAGUUCGUGUUGGAAAGGCAAUGAUCUCGAAGGGCCUGGACGUUAUUGUCGAGGACAUGGCGUGCACUGGCAUUAUGCGCGUCAAGCUGAAGCUGCAGCUGCCUUUCCCUCACAUCGAUCGAGUCGAGAUCUCCUUCGUGGAGGCGCCACACAUCGACUAUGUCUGCAAGCCACUUGGAGGUGACAUGUUGGGCUUCGAUAUCAACUUCAUUCCUGGCCUCGAGAGCUUCAUUCAGUCACAAGUCCACGCCAACCUGGGACCGAUGAUGUACCAGCCAAACUUCUUCCCAGUCGAGAUUGCGAAGAUGCUCGCAGGUACUCCUGUCGACCAAGCCAUCGGUGUUUUGCAGGUCCACUUCCACGGUGCGCAAGGUCUCAAGAACCCUGACAAGUUCUCUGGCACGCCCGAUCCAUACGCCACCGUGUCUAUCAACCACCGCGAUGUUCUGGGCAAGACCAAGACUGUGCACGAGAAUGCCAACCCAAGAUGGACUGAGACUGUCAGUGUUAUCUUGACAAGCUUGCGCGAUCCUCUUACGAUCAACCUCUUCGACUACAACGAGUACCGCAAAGACAAAGAGCUUGGAACAGCCACAUUUGAGCUCGAGCAGCUUGAGAAAGAGACUGAAUGGGAGAAUCAACAGUUGGAGGUCAUCGCGAACGGCAGACCGCGUGGUACGGUGCAGUGCGACAUUCGUUUCUUCCCUGUCCUCGAAGGACGCAAGAUGGACGAUGGCACUGAGGUCGUGCCGGACAGCCAGACUGGUAUCGCCAAAUUCACAGUCGAGCAAGCCAAAGAUCUGGAUGGUACAAAGUCUCUCAUCGGCCAGCUCAACCCAUAUGCUGUCCUUCUACUCAACGGGAAGGAGGUGCAGAUCUCGAAGAAGCUCAAGAGGACGAACAACCCGAUCUGGUCGGAUGCCACCAAAGAACUGCUGAUCUCGGACCGUAAGAAGGCCAAGCUGGGACUUGUCAUCAAGGACGAUCGCGAUCUUGCAGCAGAUCCCAUCAUUGCGAGUUAUCAAAUCAAGCUGGAUGACCUCAUGAACUUGUCGCAUAGGGGCCAGGAAUGGUACAAUCUGGCAGGUGCAAAGAGUGGACGUGCGAAGAUGUCGCUGCAGUGGAAGCCUGUCGCGCUGAAGGGCUUUGCAGGCGGCAAUGGCUACAUUGAUCCUAUCGGUGUCAUGCGUUUCCACUUCCGCAACGCCAAAGACCUGAAGAACCUCGACACAGUCGGCAAGUCGGAUCCUUAUGCACGCGUACUGUUGUCCGGGAUCCAGAAAGGCAGGACUGUUACCUGGAAGAACAACCUCAACCCUGACUUUGACGAGGUCCUCUACGUGCCUGUGCACUCAACUCGCGAGAUGCUGACUGUCGAAGUCAUGGACGAGGAGAACGUCGGCAAGGACAGGUCUAUGGGUGCGAUCGAGAUUCCAGCCGCAGAGUACAUCCACCAGGACGAGAACGGAGAGUACAUGAUCCAUGACUCCAAGAACGAUGUCAUUUCGGCUCAGCUACGCAUUGGCCGUGGCCAGCCUAAGGGUACGCUUAACUUCACAGUCGCCUUCUACCCGACUCUUCACGUCGUCGAUCCCGAGGAGGAGAAAGAGAGGGAAGAAGCAGAAGAAGCCGAGGCCGAGAAGACUCAGACCAGCAGCGAAGCUGGCUCUCGCAAGAGCAUCGAGGUGAACGGCACGUCCACUCCACGUGCUCGCAGCAACACAGCAGGCACCAUCGGAAGCCUUCGAAAUACCACAUCUACCAAGGCUGAGGAGGCUGAGAUGCGAAAGGUGCUGGAGCAAAAUGAGGGCGAGCAGACUGAAGCCGAAGAGGUGCAGGCCAAGGAACCUCCAAAAGUCAAGAUUGGCGUGGAGGACCUGACAAACUAUGAAUCCGGCUUGAUAGUAUUCACGAUUCAUGAGAGCGAGCUUGCUCACUCAGGCAGCCACCUGGAGGUUCUCAUGGACGACAUGAAGUUCGCUGCAUACACAAGUGCCAAGACUCGUUCAAAAAAUCAUACCUUCAAUGAGACUGGAGACGCCAUGGUUCGAGAGCUGGAUCUCUCGCGCAUCACACUCCGCCUCGUAUCCGAGACCGACAAGAAGGGCACUGACGACGACGAUAUCAAAGCUAAGCUUACCGGUCCGACACUCGACACGCUCAAGAGAUGCUUGUACACGCCGCAGGUGGUUUCCAUGAAGGAUGAGCACGGCCACCAGAGCACCGUCAAGGUGUCGAUGCGUUUCCUUCCAGUCAAGAUGCAACUCGACCCCAGUGAAUCGUUCAACAACCAGGGCAACCUCAGGGUUGAAGUUUUGGAUGCAGCUGAUCUUCCGUCUGCCGACCGCAACGGCUUCUCGGAUCCAUUCUGUCGUUUCACCCUUGAUGGCAAGGAGGUGCAUAAGACUGAUGUGCAGAAGAAGACGCUGCACCCAGCAUGGAACGAGUACUUCGAAUGCCCUGUCCGAAGUCGUACUGCCGCCAAAUUCGACGUCAAUGUGUACGAUUGGGACUUUGGCAGCAAAGCAGACUUCCUUGGCGCUGCUUCCAUCCCGCUGGACGUGCUCGAGCCAUUCCAGGCUCAGGAAGUGGUUCUCAAUCUUGAUGGCAAGAGCGGCUCCAUCAGACUGAAGAUGCUGUUCAAGCCGGACUACAUUACGAGAUCACGACAAGGAUCCUCGACCUUUUCCGGCACUUUCGCAGCGCCUGGAAAGGUAAUCGGCGCUCCAGUGAAGGGUGUAGGCAAGGUGGGAAGUGCCGUGGGAGGUGGCAUAUUCCGAGGCGCAACAUUCGUUGGCCGUGGCUUCAAGCGUAGGACGACUAGUGGCCAGCAGGUCCCGGAUGACGCCCAAGCGGAGCUUCGCGCGACCAGUAUGGAGACGCCUGACGGUAGGCCUGUGACUGCCACCAACGGGUCGGUAAAUGGCCAUGGACCAUCCAUUGAUGGAUAUGCUGGCAGUCUCCAGCCACCCACGCCAAAGACGCCGCAUCAGCGCAACACCAGCUUCGGUCAGUACUCGACAAGCCCCGCCGCACAAGGCGAGCCGGGCACCGCGAGCAUCACAAUUGUCAGUGCCACAGGCUUUGAGCCAGAUACGAAGCUCGAGGUGCACAUUCACCAAGACACCGGCAAGGGCCACAAGGAGAUUGCGAAGACGAAAGCCGUCAAGGCACCCGAAGGAGCAGCAACAUAUCCGGAAGGAGCGAAGAAGAUCCAGUGCAGCGCAGCGACACAGUUCAAGGUCAUUGUCAAGAACGACAAGACCUUCCGUGAUGAAGAGCUCGGCGAGGCCGCUUUCUUCGUCAAUGACCAGGCUUCAGGUGGCGAGCAGCACGUGCAAGUUGGCUCUGGUAUUGUCGUUCUCCGAACAUCAUUCAUCCCUGCGGAAGCCGGCAGUAUGCUCUCGCCGGAUUCGCCUGCUGGUAGUCACAAGCACCUCGGCCGCUUUAGGUCGAGGAGGGAGCGCAGCGUGACACCUUCGGGCUAG